AUGACCGAAAUAUUUGAUGAUCAGUUAAUACUAUCCUAUUUCAAAGAUUUUCAUAGUAAAGAAAAGGCGAAUUCUAUUUUUGAAGAACUCUGUACGUAUCCUUUCCAACCUGUGAAACUGAAUAUUUACGGCCACCAAUAUAUUCCAGCUCGACUUUGUUGCGCUUUCGGGGAUGAAGAUGGACUCACCUACAGUUUUUCGGGGACAUCGAUCGUCGCCCAGGCCUGGACUCCUAUGCUGCACCAAAUUAAAAGUGAAGUGGAAGCCCUCACCCACGAAAAAUAUAAUUACGUUCUGCUCAACAAAUACCCUGACGGAGAUGCCAAGAUAUCCGCGCACAGAGACGAUGAAAGCUCCCUGGAUCCUUCCUACUGCAUUCCCACGCUGAGUUACGGUGCGACGCGAGUGAUGCAUUUUACAAGAGAGAAUUAUAUGACUCACAUUCUGAGUCUGGAACAUGGAUCGCUUCUAGUGAUGAAACCCCCCACUAAUGUAGUCUGGAAACACGGUAUCCCAUCCCAGCCCGAAGUGAAGACUAUUCGAAUAAGUUUGACGUUUAGAAAAAUUAUAUCUCCGCAAGUGAAGCGUUCUUCUGAUGAAAUGGACUUUGGUUAUUAUGACGACAUAAUCCCUAUACCGUGCAUGAAUAAAAGAACUUUUCCGAGGUGCUCGAGAUACCCCAGGACGACUGGCUGA